GAAGGAAAGCUCUCAAAGUUACUUUCAGCAUCUCCUCCUUAUCCUUAUAGGGCCUUAACAGCUUUGGAAUUUUCAGCUUCUUGAAAAAUCUAAAUUGAUCAAAUUGAUUCUCAUUCUGCUGCCAAAGCAGAAGAGAUGGAGAUUCUCUGCAAGCUUCGGAAUCUUGAUGCUUACCCGAAGAUCAAUGAGGAUUUCUACAUUAGAACCCUAUCUGGAGGAUUUAUCACUCUGGUUUCCUCCUUUAUCAUGUUACUUCUCUUCUUAUCAGAGCUUAGAAUCUAUCUUCAUACUGUUAAAGAGACUAAGCUAACUGUGGAUACUUCAAGAGGAGAAACUCUUCGCAUUAAUUUUGAUGUGACUUUUCCAUCUCUUGCAUGUUCCCUUCUCAGUGUUGAUGCCAUGGAUAUCAGUGGGGAGCAGCACUACGAUAUAAAACAUGACAUAAUAAAAAAGAGAGUCGACCACCUAGGAAAUGUGAUUGAGUCGAGAUCAGAUGGAAUUGGUGCACCAAAGGGAACGAAAAGUUGUAUGUGUGGGAAGGACUCACUAUGAAAGGGCUAAGAUCAUGUGGAGGCUCGGCACUUAUGGAGUUUCAGAGCUUCCAGAGCUAGGCAACAUAUUGCAAGAAGUGGAGGCAGCAUCUAAGAAGCAUAAGCUUGAGGUCUUGUCUAUUGAAAAGAAGCCUUCUUCCUUUAAACCGAAAGGUAAGAAGAAGAAGAAGACCAAGAAGGGUAAGACCCUUAAGGUGGCUAGUAAAGGAGUGGAGAAGGGAAAGAAACCCAAGAAAGGACCUUAUUUUUACUGUAAAAAGGGCGGACAUUGGAAGAGAAAUCAUUGUGGAUACCUGACGACUUUGAAGAAGAAGCCAGAAAAAGGGUUUAGGAUGACAAGAAGACUCAACAAGGAUGAGGUUCGUCUCAAGAUGGGAACUGGAGCUGAGGCCACAAUAGAGGCCGUAGGAGAAUUUAGUUUGCA